AUGGUCGUCUUAGCAGCUUCGAUUUGCACCCGGGGGGGAAAAGCUGUCCUCUCCAGGCAGUUUCGCGAAAUGCAAAGGUCUAGAAUUGAAGCUCUUCUAGCAUCCUUUCCAAAGUUGGCUGAUUCUGGAACUCAACAUACGACGGUGGAGCAAGAUAAUGUGCGAUUUGUGUACCAGCCACUGGACGAAUUAUACAUGGUCCUCAUUACGAACAAGCAAUCCAACAUCUUACAAGAUAUCGAUUCCUUGCACCUAUUCGCGCAGGUGGUCACUAGCACAUGCAAAACCUUGGAUGAGAGAGAGAUUUUAAAGAAUGCAUACGAAUUGCUUAGUGCAUUUGACGAGAUCGUCACACUUGGAUAUAGGGAAAACCUUACAAUCAGCCAAAUCAAGACAUUCUUGGAGAUGGAGAGUCACGAAGAAAGGAUACAAGAAAUCAUCUCAAGAAAUAAAGAACUCGAGGCCACCGAAGAGCGCAAGCGCAAAGCAAAACAAUUGGAAAUGCAGCGCAAGGAGGUUUCAAGGAGUGGCAGAAGUGCUAUACCAAGUAGGCCACAGUAUCCCACAUACACACCACCUACGCAAUCCGCAAACACCGAAACCUAUGAUUCAUAUGAAGCUGCCAAAAACAAAACUUUCAAGGCUAGCGCACCGAAAGGCAAAGGAAUGCAACUGGGGAAGAAAUCGAAGACUACAGACAUGUUUGAAAGAGUUCGUGGAGAUAUGGGUGCUGAAGUAGAAGAAACUGUCUCAUCACCACUUAUUCCAAAUCAUCCUACACCAGCUGCUGCCGAACAACCCCCUCACACUCCCUCCGCAAUGGACCGUGAUGCUAUCCACGUUACUAUCUCGGAGUCGAUCAAUGCCAAAUUAUCCCGAGAUGGAUCACUCAAUUCCUUGGAAGUUAAGGGUGAUUUGAACUUGAGAAUCUCAGACCCUACACUCACCAAGGUCAAGUUAGAUAUCGUUGCCAACCAGAGUCAUGGAGUGCAAUUCCGCACACAUCCAAAUGUUGAUAAGGGAGCGUUCAAUGGAUCUAAAGCCAUCCAGAUGAGCAAUGUUUCAAAGGGCUUCCCUGUCAAUAAUUCGGUUGGAGUCCUAAGAUGGAGAGCUCAACCAAAGACAGAUGACACCAGUGCAUUACCAAUUCAAUUCACUGUAUGGGUUGUUGGUGGACAAGGUGAUCCUCUCAAUAUUACUGUAGAAUAUGAACUUACAGGAGAGGAUCCUCUUCAGGAUGUUACCGUUACUAUUCCAUACGCCUCGAGCGAGCCCGCAGUAUCUAGCUUCGACGCAACGUAUGAAGUCUCUGGAGAUAGCCUUGAAUGGACGAUUGGAUCUGUGGGUUCCUCUAAUGGGACUGGCUCUUUUGAAUUCGAAGUCCAGGAUGGGGAUGAGAAUGAUUUCUUUCCAAUGCAAAUUAAAUUUGCUAAAACAAAACCUUUUAUUGAUGUUGAUGUUACCGAUGUCACAUUACUAGAACUGAACGAGGCCGUAGAUUUCUCGAAGGAUAUUAAGUCCGUCGCUGAUUCUUAUCUGGUGGAGUGA